GGAAACACGCUGUGUACACAUAUGGAGAUGAUUACGCUGAUGUGGAUUGCAGCAAUGCUCUUUAAUAACACUGAUGCACAGAUGAAAGACAUCAGCCAGCCGAACCCAAUGAUCUCAGCUGAUGUUGGUGAUAAUGUGACUCUGCACUGCUAUAGACUGCAAGCGGAUAAAUCCGGAUCCAUCGUUUGGUACAAGCAAAACGCCGGAGAAAAGCCUCGUGUAAUGGUUACAGUUCAACACGAUAUCAGUUACGAAGACGAGUUCAAACCACCUAAAUUCAGCAUCGAAGAAGAUCAAAGGAACGGACAUUUAAAAAUUGCGAACGUGGAAACAUCUGAUGAAGCCAUGUAUUACUGUGGAUACAGAAAAUUUUUAACACGGUUUGGAAAUGGAACGUAUUUAUCAGUCAGAGGUGAUGAAGAUGAAAAAGUCUCAGUGUUCCAGAGCAGUGUAUCAGACUCGGUUCCUGCAGGAGCAUCAGUGACUCUGCAGUGUUCGGUUCUCUCUGAGAGCAGAACAGCAGAACUCCAAGUGCUCUGGUUCAGAGCUGCUCCAUCACAAUCCCAUCCUCAACUCAUUUACACUCAUCACAACAGCAGCCUUCAGUGUGAGAGCGAAUCUUCUACACACACCUGUGUGUACAACUUGUCCAAGAACAUCUUCAGCCUCAAUGAUACUGGUACUUACUACUGCGCUGUGGUCCUGUGUGGGAAGAUCAUUUUUGGGGACGGAACUCGAGUACAGCUGAGUAACAGCUACGAAAGAUCUGUGAAACUAGCAGUGAUCUUCCUCCCUGUAGCUUUGGGAGUCUGCGUAGUUGUGAUCUUUGUUCAUGUUGUAUGUUGUCACGGGAGAAAGUGUAACUACUGCAAUGAGAAAUCUCACGAUACUGUAACAAAGACGACAACAAACCAGAGCUAUGAUGCAGGAGAGGUGAUUUUUGCUGCUUCACACCUCAAAAAAAGAAGAGGAAAGCAAGAACGAGCUCAUGAUAAUGUGUAUAGUGAACCGCUCCUGAACCACAGACAAUGUCAGAGGCAUCUUACCUGGGCUAAAGAGAACAACUGGACUGUUGCCCAGUGGUCCAAAGUCACUGCACUUGUUUACCAAGACGUUUUAGAGCAUAUCAUGCUUUCUUGUGCUGACCAGCUUUGUGGAGAUGCCGAUUUCAUUUUCCAAAUGUUCAACCUGAGUCCCAUUUCAUCUCUGAAGAUGUCUGCAUUCUGGAUAUUUGUCUCAUCUCUUUGUUUAAUAUCUCCAGUCCAAUCUACUGAUUUUUCCAGACUAUCAUUUAUCUCAGUGAAGUCCGGAGACAGCAUUUCUCUCAAUUGCCCAGUUAUCAAGUCUAACAGUAUCGACCGUGUGGUUUGGUACAAACAUGUACAUGGAGAGAUGCCUAAGAAAAUUGGAGAAAGAACCGCAUAUAAGAAAAUCCUGCUUUCACCAGAGUCAGAGACGGCAGGAAUUACAAUUGCGAUGACUGAUAACGCUAUUUCUCUGACAAUUCCACAAAUAAAAAGCAACGAUGAAGGACUUUAUUACUGCGGGAUAUUAAGUUGGGAGAAUUUUACACUGUCGAAUGGAACUUUCCUGAUUGUAACAGGUGAUGAAGAUGUAAAAGUGUCAGUGUUCCAGAGCAGUGUAUCAGACUCGGUUCCUGCAGGAGCAUCAGUGACUCUGCAGUGUUCGGUUCUCUCUGAGAGCAGAACAGCAGAACUCCAAGUGCUCUGGUUCAGAGCUGCUCCAUCACAAUCCCAUCCUCAAAUCAUUUACACUCACCACAACAGCAGCCUUCAGUGUGAGAGCGAAUCUUCUACACACACCUGUGUGUACAACUUGUCCAAGAACAUCUUCAGCCUCAAUGAUACUGGUACUUACUACUGCGCUGUGGUCCUGUGUGGGAAGAUCAUUUUCGGGAACGGAUCACGAGUACAGCUGGAGAACGAUCCAGAAUUUGCAUUUUCCAAAUCACUUGUGAUAUCGUUGGGGACGUCGCUGGUAAUGUGCUGGAUUCUGAUCUCCGUUCAAGCUGUUUUACUCUAUAAAAAGAAAAACUGUCAACAGUUCAGAGAGAGAAUGCAGCACGGAAGUGCUAGAAACACAGAGAAGACAAACAUUCAGGACAGUGAUUCUGUGGAGCUGAAUUAUGCUGCGUUACACUUCAAUGAACGAAAAACUAAAAGAGUGAGAAAGAAUCGAGACAGUAUCUACUCAGAAGUGAAAUCCUUCAGCAUUUUUCUCGCCCAUGCUGUGGAUUUUACCCAACCAUCGUUUGUCUCAGUAAAGUCUGGAGAACUUGUUACUCUAAACUGCACGUUUCAAGUUACAUACAGCAAAGAUCUUAUGAUUUGGUACAAGCAACAGUUUGGAGAGUUGCCUCAAGAAGUGGGAAAAAUAAUAGCAGACAGGGACAUCAAAACUUCACCCAAAUUCAUCUCAAGAUUCAAUUUAGAGAAAAUUAUGAACGGGAUAUCUUUGACAAUUGUACGGAUACAAAAAUCGGAUGAAGGACUGUAUUUCUGUGGAGUAUCUACCUGGGGCAAAUCAGAAUUUUCCACUGGAACAUUUAUAGCUGUGAAAGGUGAUGAAGAUGUAAAAGUCUCAGUGUUCCAGAGCAGUGUAUCAGACUCGGUUCCUGCAGGAGCAUCAGUGACUCUGCAGUGUUCGGUUCUCUCUGAGAGCAGAGCAGCAGAACUCCAAGUGCUCUGGUUCAGAGCUGCUCCAUCACAAUCCCAUCCUCAAAUCAUUUACACUCAUCACAACAGCAGCCUUCAGUGUGAGAGCGAAUCUUCUACACACACCUGUGUGUACAACUUGUCCAAGAACAUCUUCAGCCUCAAUGAUACUGGUACUUACUACUGCGCUGUGGUCCUGUGUGGGAAGAUCAUUUUCGGGAACGGGACACGAGUACAUAUGAAUGGAAAUACGUUAACUCAGCAAAAUUCUAAAGGACCUGGUUCUUUAGUGAUCUGCUUCGCUGCAGCAUUAGCAGCGUGUUUGCUAAUAAAUGGUGCUCAGAUUAUUGUGUACUUUAAAAACAAAAACUCCAACCAUUGCCCAGUGAAUUCUCCACAAGGGGCUUUAACGGAGAAAACACACAACCAGGCUCGUUAUCCCUCGGAGCUGAAUUACGCUGCUCUGAAUUUCAAUGACCGGAAAACUAAAAGUGGAAGGACACGAAAAACGUCACUUGAAAAUGCUCUUUAUGCUGAAGUGAUAUACACCCCUGUAACUUAGAUUACUGUUUUUACUGUUAUUUUAUUAGUAAGUGUUAUAACAAAUGUUUGCAUGACCUGCAUGAGGGAAAUGAUGGGUAUCAAUUAUAAUCCUGA